AUGCAGCUUGUAUGGUUUAGGCAUGUCACCAAUGCCGCAAACAAAAGCGGUGAUGCCCGCCGACCUUGCAAAUCAUGUGUCCGAGCUCAUGCGAACGUGAUCGCAAAUGCAGUUAAACGGGGCAAACCAUUCCCUGCUCGUCCCGAUUGCGUAUAUGACGGGGAUUCCCCGGCAAUCUACGACGCAGGAGAGACGGUAGAUUUAAACGAGAGGAAUGAAUUAACGGGCAAAAUUCUGCUCACAUCGUCUUCUGCAGGCUCAAGUUCAGUCGAAAGAACUCCUCAGUCACCGGGAUCUGCCCCAAAUUUACCUAAUUCACUAUUCGCUCAGAUUAACCAGCUAAACCAGAAUACACAAGCAACUCCUGCUAGUCUCUUGGAUUCGUUAUGGUCGACUGACCCUUCAUUUAACUUACCAUUUGAGGAUAUAGGCGGCUACGGCUUUGUGCAACCACGCCUUGAGUCGGGAGCGGCUCCAGAAAUGUUGCUGGACCUACCUCCACUCGAUCUUGUCUGCAGCUUGGUUGACGUAUGCUUCGAGAACUGGCCUUUUGCCCGUCAUAUGAUUCAUAUGCCAACAUUCAAGCAACGGGUAAAACUCCCUCCCUCGGAUCCGAACUUCCCAUCCAUUGCUCUACUUCAUGCCCUAUGCGCUUUGGGGGCUGUGUAUCUUCCGCAGCCGGGCGCACCAUCUGAAGAAAUCCAACCCGGAGAGCCUGUGCGAGGGAAUAUGUUCCGGACUGAUGAACAAAUUAGCAAAGUCUUGGAGGGUACGGCUAGUUUUGGGGAGCAUCAAGCUAUGGUUGCUCAAAUCAAAGCGAUGAACGAUGCUCGAACCGGGAAGAGAUUAUUAGAGAGUUUACAAACUAUGAUUAUCGUUUGUUGGUGGUAUAUGAUCCAUACGCGUUGGGCCGAUCUGUGGAUCCUAAGUGGCAACGCGAUACGUCUAUCAAUUCCGCUGGGGCUUUGCGGGGCGCGCGGCUACGACGAGAUUUUGUGGGGUCCCAACUUCGGGGAUAAGUCUUACCCGAAUUUCAAGGAAAAUGUGUUGCCCCCCACCAGUGACUUUAUCGAACUUGAGACACGCAAACGAACGUUUUGGAUGGCCUUUAUUACAGACCGGACUCAUUCAUCUGCAACGGCUUGGCCAGCAGCGCUGGACGAAUUAGACAUUGGCCAGACAUUUCCCUACCCCUUGGAAAUUUUUGAGGCCGGGCUUUCUCCUGUCGCAAAUGGUUCGCCACAGAAGUUGAGCACCCCUGACAUGUUAACAAAUCAUCCUCUCGGAUUUACCGAUGACGGGAUUUUGUUCCUCAAGUCGAUUGAAGUGUAA